AUGGCAUCAAAAUAUAUUAGCUUGAAGACCGGCCUGGCGAUCCUGGCUCUUGCACUUUGCUUCUUUGUGCAGAUCACUCUCGGAGGAAUAACAUGUGAGCAUCUAGACCGGGACACGUGUGCAUUUGCAGUGUCAUCCUCCGGUAAGCGUUGUGUGCUUGAGAAGCUUGUGAGAAGGAGCGGGGAAGAAGCAUAUGCAUGCCGUACAUCGGAGAUUGAAGCCGACAAAUUGAAGGGAUGGAUCGAGAUUGACCAAUGCAUCAAAGCAUGCGGGCUUGACAGGAAAACGCUUGGAAUCUCUUCAGAUUUCCUCCUUGAGUCUCGCUUCACCGAAAAGCUUUGCUCGCCUCUGUGCUACGACGGCUGCCCCAAUGUUGUUGAUCUAUACUUCAAUCUUGCUGCUGGUGAAGGUGUGUUUCUUCCCAGAUUCUGUGAAGUAGAAUCAAAUCCGAGGCGAGGAGCGUUUGAGAUCCUAAGCUCUGGUUUUGUUGCAGCAGGACAUGUGCAUGAGCAUGUCGAGUCCACGGAUGCACCAAUAGCUGCCCCAGCACUGGCACCAUUGCCAUACUAA